AUGGCUGAACCUGAGGCACCAAAGAGGGCAAGGGCUACAAGGUCUUCAAAGGGUAAAGGUUUAGCAAUAGCAAGUGCAACAGAUGGGGAAGAUAACCAUUCCCCAAUUGAAGAUACUUUUCAGCCUCUUGAAGAUGAAGAGAUAAAUCAGGGUGGUGUUGUUAAUGAGGGUGAAGGUGGUGCUGUUAAUGAAGAUGGUGUUGUUAAUAAGGGUGAAGGUCCAAGUGGGGACCAACCUUUACAUGUUGGUCCAAGUGGGGACCACCCUUCACAAGCUGGCCCAAGUGGGGACCACCUUUCACAAACUGGUCAAAAUGAAGACCAACCUUCACAGACUUGUCAAAAUAGGGAGCAGCCUUCUCGGACUAUGAAUUUUCACCACACAGAUCUUGAAGACACCAGAUUGGAAGAGGGGGAUCAAGCAGUGGAGGAUGAGUUAAGAAGUGCUCAUUCAGAUGAAGAUGAUGAAAUAGUUGCAAGGGUGAAAAAAUUCAAACACUACAACCAUGAAACAGACAAGCAAAACCCUGUCUUUGAUACUGGAAUGAUAUUCAGUGACUGCAAGGUUUUCAGAGAAGCUGUUCGUGAAUAUUGCUUGUUGAGUGGGAAAGAGGUCACUUUCACCAGGAAUGAAAAGUAUAAGCUGAAGGCAGUUUGUAAAGCAGUGAGCUGUCCAUGGCAGAUUUAUGUGGCUUGGAAAAACCCUACAAAUCGAAGCUUGGUGGUGAAAUACUAUAAUCUCAAUCACAAGUGUGUCAAAGUAUUUCAAAACACACAAGCCUCAAGUAAAUGGUUGACAGAGAAGUUCCUGCCUAUGAUUCAGUCAAAUCCCACCAUGCCUCCACAGUCUAUAGUGAAUGCAGCAUCUUCUAAGUUUAAAGUAGGUAUAUCUAGGAUGAAAGCUUACAGGGCAAAGGCGGACACGCUUCGAAUGAUUGAAGGAUCAGUUGCUGAGCAAUAUGCCAUGCUCUGGGAUUAUUGCCAUGAGCUGGAAGACAAAAACUCUGGCUCCACAACAAAGAUGCAGUGUGAGUUUAUUGAUGGUGAAGCUGUUUUCAAGCGUUUGUACAUUUGUUUAGAACCAUUAAAGAGAGGGUUUAAGAUGAACUGUAGGCCUUUUAUUGGGUUAGAUGCUUGCCAUCUAAACGGGGUUUAUGGUGGACAGUUGCUUACAGCAGUUGGGAUAGAUCCCAAUAACGAGACUUGGGUCCUAGCAUAUGCUGUGGUUGAGAUGGAAACAAGGGAGUCAUGGACAUGGUUCAUUGAUCUGUUGGCCAAGGAUGUGGACAUUGUUAAUUCCUAUGGAUGGGCCUUUAUAUCUGACAAGCAAAAGGACUGCCUGGUGCAUUUGAAGACAUUGUGUCUAAUGCUGAGACAAGAUUCUGUGUGA